UCUAAUAUUCUCCAUCUCUCCCUCUCUCUCUCUCUCUCUCCCCCCUCCAUCCCUCUACCUCUACCUCUGUCUGUCUGUCUAUCUGUCUGCCUACCUACCUAACUUUAUUUCAACCUUUUAGCUAAAGAGCAUGGGAUAAAGCAUUUAUUCUGCAUUUUAGGUAGAAGACAUCCUCAUUUCCCCUCAACAUCCCUGAGAGGGAGCAGAAGGGCCUCGUGCCAAGAUGCUGGCUUUGCACAGGGCCCUGGUCUGCCUGAGGCCUCUGUGUCGGUCCGUGCGCUCGGGAUGCCAAGCCUGGCUUUCCACCUGCAGUCCGGAUCCAAAGCCCCCCCUCAAAAAACAGAGAGAUGAAGGAAGCCUCCAAGACUUCCGCUCCAGAUUGGUAGGGGGUCCGUCUCUGCAGCACUUCCUACAAUCGGCUACUCCUACACAGGAUGCCCACCGCUUGCCAGUUGAAAUCCCAGAAGACCCCGCCCCUUACCUUGGACCCCUCACCCUGGCAGAUUCCCCAAAGAAAGUCUAUCUGGAGACCUUCGGCUGCCAGAUGAACGUCAGCGACACGGAGACAGCCUGGGCCAUCCUGCAGCGCAGCGGCUACCAGAGGACUAGAAACCUGGCAGAGGCUGACGUGGUUCUGCUUGUCACAUGUUCCAUCAGGGAGAAAGCCGAGCAGACGGUCUGGAAUCGCCUGGCUGUGUUCAAAACCCUCAAGGCCAAACGGCAACGCUCCAGGGGAUCCCUGCGGAUUGGGAUCUUAGGCUGCAUGGCCGAGAGGCUGAAGGAGAAAAUUUUGGACGAGGAGAAGCUGGUCGAUAUUGUGGCCGGACCGGACGCUUACCGGGACCUGCCCCGGCUCUUGGCGGUGGCUGAAUCCGGCCAGCAGGCGGCCAACGUCCUCCUCUCUUUGGACGAGACCUACGCAGACAUUUUGCCCGUCCACCUCGGCCCUGGCGCAACCACGGCCUUCGUGUCCAUCAUGCGCGGCUGUGACAACAUGUGCAGCUACUGCAUUGUCCCCUUCACGCGGGGGCGCGAGCGCAGCCGGCCCUUGGCGUCCAUUCUCCAGGAAGUGCAGAUGCUGUCGGACCAGGGUGUGAAGGAAGUGACCCUUUUGGGCCAGAACGUCAACAGUUACCGGGACACCUCCGAGGUCCAGUUCCUCUCCCUGGCGUCACCUGAGCUCAGAGCAGGAUUCCGGACCGUCUACAAAGCCAAAAAGGGCGGGUUGCGUUUUGCAGAGCUGCUGGACCGAGUGGCCGCCGUGGACCCAGAGAUGAGGGUCCGCUUCACUUCUCCGCAUCCCAAAGACUUCCCGGAUGAGGUCUUCGAGGUCAUGCGGGAAAGGCACAAUAUCUGCAAACAGGUGCACCUUCCCGCCCAAAGUGGCAGCUCCCGUAUCCUGGAGGCCAUGAAGAGGGGGUACACGCGGGAAUCAUACCUGGAGCUUGUACACCAACUCCGCGAUUAUUUAUCAGGCGCAACACUCACCAGUGACUUCAUCACCGGCUUUUGCGGAGAGACGGAGGCCGAUCACCUGCAGACGCUGUCGCUCCUUCAUGAGGUCGGCUACAACUUCGCCUAUAUCUUUGCCUACAGCCAGCGGCAGAAAACCCGGGCUUUUCACCGCCUGCUGGACGACGUCCCCCCCGAAGUGAAGAAGCGUCGGCUGGAGGAGCUCAACGUGGCCUUCCGGGAGGGGGCUUCCCGCCUCCACGCGGCUGCCGUGGGUCAGACCCAGGUGGUCCUGGUGGAAGGGCCCAGCAAGCGCUCCCCGCUGGAGCUGUGGGGCAGGAACGACGGCGGAGCCAAAGUCAUCUUCCCGGAUGUGGAGAUGAGCGACGGGACUGCGGCGGCAUCGGCCGUCCGAGCGCAGCCGGGAGAUUACGUCCUGGUGGAGAUCUCCUCGGCCUCCUCCCUGACCCUGAAGGGCGCCCCCCUCUGCCGAACCACGCUCCGAGGCAGCUCCUCAUCCCCGGCCUCAGCAGAGGCAGCCCAUGGUGCCGGGGGAGGAUUCUCCGCAGCCCCAAGACCCCGAGGAGCAGCCCAGGAUUGAACGGCGACCAGCGAGCACCUAGGAUCCCAGCUGCUGCACCCGGCCCGGGGCGUCGCUCGGCCGGAGCCCGUUCCCCCAACCACUGCCAGCCAACAUGGCAUUUUCUGCAGCCGCGGCCCGACGGAAGGCGGAAGACGAGCUACCUGGCUAGACAAACAGCCUGGAAAAGCAGGAGGCCGUGCUGCGUCCAUCCGAGGAUGCCUUCACAAGUGCAGCGUCUUCCUGCAAUUGUCUCUUUCUUCCAACCUGCUGGCAAGGAUGGUGCAUGAAGGGGAGCUUCCCGCUUCGUCCGAGACGUGCGUCCGUUGUCUUGAGGGCCAACGGACUCAGCCGCUGGGCCCGAGAAGGCUCGCCAGCAGCCCUCCGCUCUCCCUUUGCCGGGUUUGUGAGGUUGUGUAUCGUGUGAAGAAUCUUUAGGAAGUGUGGACGGGGGCUCUCAUCUUGGAGCUGGUUCCCUCCAGCCGGGUGGGGCAGCCCGCCUUUCGGCUCCUUAGAGACGAUGGGGUUUGUGGUUGCAGUGGGAAGCCCCGGAAUAAAUAUAAUUAAUCUUUGCAAAGAGUAGGUUUUAAGGAUUUCCGUGUUUGAUUUGGUGCCAUUUAACCCAGGGGUCCCCAAGCUUGGCCCCUUUAAGGCUGGUGGACUUCAACU